AUGGGGUCCCAAUUUCUGGAAAUAGUGCGCCAAGGAGUGUGGGCGUCACUCACCGGAGGUUGGUUCUUCGAUCCCCGCCAAGGUCAUGCAGCCAAUAUUCUACACCUUUACCUGUGGUUACUCCUGCUCGCUCUACCGUUCUGCCUUUACAUGUUUGCUGACACUAUCCGGAUCAUGUGGACAAUUUAUAUCACAUUGGUGACGAUUCUUUUCACAUCGCUGAAAAUCUUGAAUAUACGCUUGCAUCGUUUAUUCGAUACCGGGGAAGCUGUACAAGAACCGGAGGAACCUAGCAAUGGGUGAGUCUUUGAGCCUGGGGCUGUAACCACCCGAGUCGAGCUUCAAUUGCUUCCUCCGAGACCUGACGGAGAAACCCCUCCCGUUCAGUGUAGUUCUCGCAACUCUUUGUCCUUAGCCAAUAGAAUGGACUCUAUCGAGUUCAUUUCGCACAGAGACACCAACAGUGUCGAUCUAGCCGUUCAACUUGCUCGACGGAACUCCGGAGCCUCGUCGGUUGGUUCGAGACGAUCUAUCGGUGCUAAUCGUGGCGUCGGAGGAACGCAGAGCGUAAGGUCGACUCUGAGUCCUGAAAGUCAACGGAAAGUCCAACAACAAGAAACCGCUAGCACGUCUGGCGUGACGGCAAGCUUGACCGAUGAACCGAGUCACGGUACACAUAGCGGAGAUACGGCCUUAUCGUCGUCGACCAGUCUUCAACAACCCCCCGCCAGUGUCAAUUGCCCAGUAGGUCAAUUCAGUAGCUUCAUCCAGACGACCUCGGCGGAUCCGCUCAUGAAGAUGACGGGCAGCGUAGAACUCGGCUUCAUGUCGCAAGAUCCCAGCGUUGCGAGAAAAACAUUGGAUCGCAUGGCCCGAACCCAGACGGCGGGCACCUCGCCCCGGAAACUCUGCGAGGACCGUCAGCCCGUGCGCCGAGCCCACUCGGAGAUGGAGACCUCGAGUCAGAAAGACGGCGACAAGAAAAUAUCGUCGGGGAUCCCGCCAUCCCAUCCCGUCUCUCUCGAGGCUAUUUCCUCCCAACCGCCACCACCGGGAGCGAUUCCUCGGAGAUCGAUGGACCACAUUCGGAGAGGUCUAUCCGAGGUCACCAUUCAGGAGGAUGAUGCCGCCGGAGCGAUGGCCGCCUCUUCGCACUCCGAUAUCGUCACUUUUCCGCCCGGCGAGGAGGGCGGGGAUCAGCCGAGGAAGAAGAGGCAGCGACGGAGAAAAAAAUGCUCAACCGACAGCGGCACUGAAGAAACCACAACCACCGAUGAGAGUUCGACGGACACGCAUUCCGAACGGAGCAGUACAAAUUUUUCGGUUAUCUUCAACCCAACGGAGAGUCAUGAUCAGAAGGAAGGAGCCUCCGGAGCGAUUCCGAAGAGCAGUUCGUCACGGAGCAGUCGAAGAGGCGAUGAUACGACUCCAGCUGCAACUACGUCGGGCGACGAUAAACACGCCAAGGAUCAACAGGGAAGUUUCGAAUGGUCCUUCCCCCCAAACGAAGAAGACGCACAAAGCUCCAGCUCGGUGAGCUCCCCCGAUGAGACUACACCGUCCCUGAAGCCGAGCGAAUCAUCCCGCCAUUCGUCGCAAAGCACCAGAGAGCCCGCAGGGAUGACUGCUCUGCAGCGCGGUCAAAUCUUGCGGUUGUGGGAGAUUCUCAACAAGAAAGACGACGACGUCUCGUCGAGAGAUGUGCGGAAACUCAAGGAAGCCCUCCGCGUUUUCGGCACGUUCGAUAGUUACGAAGAAAACGAAUCGUCUGGGAGCAGAGCUUCACCUGCGAGCGGUUCUUCGAGGAAGGAGUCCGGCAAGGAUCCGGAAAGCAGGAAAUCAUCAGGUGCUGGAACCGAGACCACUAGGAGCGAACCCGAUGCAUCGACAUCGUUCGCUCCGGAUGUCGUGGCCUGCGCAACAGCUGCAUUGAACGCCAAAACAAAUGAUACAGCGGUUGCGAGCUCAUCGACAGCAACGACUUCGGCGGUGGCGUCAGCUGCACCGGCGGUUGCUGCCGCAGCGGCCGCAUCUUCCGCUGUAACAGAAGCCGAAGAUGAUUUCUCCCCUCCGUCGUACCUUCUAGCCUCGAUGUUGGCCACUCCAGGCACUCAUUUGGCUCGGAGUCAUGACGAUACCUCACCGGGGGCAGUCCACUGUUUCCGUGACGAAGAAACAAAUUGGUUAGCUUACACGUUCAACGAAGGGGGUGGAACGUCGUCUCCGGUCACCUACGUUGCGUACCUCAAUUCAAGGCAGGGUAUGCAAACGAGAAGACCGAGGCUCAAAGCGACGGACAGGGUCGCUGGUGAAUCGGAGCACGGUCCGUGGGAUGCCGUGUCCCAGGCGUCAUCAUCUUCAGGAGCGACCCUGAUGGUCGCGGGUCCUUCGUCGGAACGACAAACUCAGGCAGACGCUACGGAGUCCGUUCGGCAAGUGAUUUUCCCGCGACUCGCGUCUACCCGCGAAAGCCGUCAUCACCAACACACUAACUGCGAAUACAACCUCACCCUACAUUCGCAAUUACAACGUCCCAGUGCCAGCCGCUUCCUCUUCGGCGACAUAGGGCCCAUGGAGAUUGAAAUUGGGGCACCGUCGUCGCUUUCCCAUCCCUACGGUAGAAUCGACGCUCGUGAGGACGUACCCAGGGCACGGCAAUACUACAUGUUCAAACUCCUACCAUGGAAAACAGUGAAAGUCGCUUUCGACCGCCUCACCCUGAUGGCGGUUCUCGACCGAAACGUGACAUUGUGUGAGAACGUUUUCUCGGUGCUCUUGGCGGUUCUCGUAGCGAUUCUGGGCUCCUGGUGCUUACAGGAAGGACUGUUCGUCGACCUGAGUUCCUUCAUAUUCUGCUUCGUGAUUGCGAGCUGCCAAUACAGUUUGUUGAAAAGCGUUCAGCCCGAUGCCGCAUCUCCGACGCACGGAUACAAUCAUCUAGUUUUGUACAGUAGACCCGUUUAUUUCUGUCUGUGUUGCAUUGCGUUAUUGGUGAGCAAAGAAGUGUUGGAGUCCGACUUGAACUACCCGGAAGUCUCCGUGUACAACUGGAAAUUAUGCACGCCCGAGGGUGUGAUAAGCAUCAAGAACUUUCUCAUUGUGUUUGUGCUGUGUUUCCCGUUGAUAUUCAGCUUUGGUCUCCUGCCGCAAGUGAACACAUUCCUGACCUAUCUCUGUGAGCAAGUGGACAUGCAUUUAUUCGGUGGAACGGCCGCAACGGGCCCGAUGUCAGCUGUCUAUUGCCUGAGUCGGAGCCUAUUGGUCACGGGAAUUUUAUACGCUCUCUGCUACACUGCGCUCCUGGAGAAUCGUAACCCAGCGAACAAUAUAGCGUUCUCGAUAUUCUGCGGAGUUCUGGUCAGUUCAUCAUAUCAUCUCUCGCGGUCACAAUCAGAUCCGACGGUGCUUCUGCAGCUGGUCUGCAGCAUCCUCACCACCGGUAAAGAACAAAUCCAACAACCGCAAACCGUCGCAAAAGUCGAGGCGCCGACUCAAACCCUGAGGGACGAACAAGAAAGGCAACAGUGGAAAAUGCAGGAGUUCGUCGAUCCUCUACCACAACAAAUGAAAGAUACGGUCCUCGCUCGCCUGAAGACGGACGCGAUAUAUGUCUUUCUGAUGACAGUAUUUGUUUUCGCCAUUCAUGUUUCAACAACGUUCACCGUUCUGCAACCAUAUUUACAAAUAGCUCUUCAUUCAUUGGCAAUAUUUUGGGGUGUUGUGCUCCAUUACCUUCUGCCCCAAAUGAGGAAACAUCUUCCAUGGUUGUGCUGCUCAGUGCCAUUCCUCAAAACGCGGGAGUAUGACGUAUACGAGAGUACAGAACCCGCGCAGCUCAUGUGGUUCGAAAAAGUUCAAGUCUUGAUGUGGUUCUUCGAGAAGAACUGCCUCUACCCCCUGGUCGUUCUCAGUGCCCUGACCGUGUCUCUAGCGUCCCUGCUGGAACAGUUUGGCUUACCUCUAGCCUGUCUCGUCCUAGUCGUUUGCUCCAUGCGCUGUCUCCGAGGAGCGUUCACCGACCCUUCAAAAUACUACACCGCACUCACCUUUACGUUAUUAGUUUUCAAGUACGAUCUCAGAGAGAAAUACCGAGAGCCCUUGCUGCUCAAUUUCUUCGUGAUGCUCCUUGUCACGAACAAGGUCCACGAGCUGCUUCUGAAGUUGCGCUUCGUCAUCACCUACAUCGCUCCAUGGCAGAUAACCUGGGGCUCAGCCUUCCAUGCCUUCGCGCAGCCGUUUUCGGUCCCGCAUUCGGCGAUGCUUUUCAUUCAGGCCAUCGUGUCUUCCGCUCUAUCAGCUCCGCUGUCACCGGUUUUGGGGAGUGCAAUCUUCUUCACCAGCUAUGUACGCCCGGUGAAGUUCUGGGAGCGAGACUACAAUACGAAGAGAGUUGAUCACUCCAACACGUGCCUGUCGUCUCAGCUGGAGCGGAACCCGGGAUCCGAUGACAACAAUCUCAAUUCGAUAUUCUAUGAGCAUCUGACACGAUCUCUCCAGAGAUCUCUCUACGGUGAUCUCGCGCUGGGAAGAUGGGGAGCUGUGUCCCAGGGGGAUUGUUUCGUACUGGCGUCGGAGAAUCUCAACUGCCUCGUGCAUAUCAUCGAAUUCGGCAACGGACUCGUCACUUUCCAAUUGAGGGGCCUCGAGUUCCGAGGUACAUAUUGUCAACAACGAGAGGUUGAAGCUAUCACCGAAGAAGUCAGAGACAAUCUAGGCUGCUGCUGCUGCGAGCCAGGCCACUUGAUGGGAAUGCUCUCCGUAAAUGCCGCGUUCAACCAAAGAUGGCUCGCGUGGGAGGUCUCAGCCGCGAAAUACAUCCUGGAAGGCUAUUCGAUCUCGGACAAUUCCGCAGUCCCCUUGCUCCAACUUUUCGAAGUUCGCCGAGCAUUGAUGACUUACUAUGUGAAGUCAGUAAUUUUCUACGCCAUCACGAACAAGAAACUCGAUGACUGGCUCGAAAAUCGCAGCAUCCAAGACGCACUUUUACCCACACUGAAUAAACAAUACGCCGAACUCGAUCCCGUCUUCACACCGACCAAUGACGCCGACUUCGACAGCCGAGUCACAGGCAUCUCCCGAAACAGUUUCUGUAAAACCUAUCUGCCUUGGAUACAGUACUGUGUCGGCAGGCUCGGGAAACAUCGCACAAUGCCCAACGACAAGAACUCCAAUCUUGUUUCGCUAUGCUUCGCUCUGAGUGUUCUCGCGCGGCGGGCUCUCGGCUCGGCUUCGCAUAACACCUUGCAAAGUGUCGAUUAUCUCUUAUUCGGACUACACGCCUUAUUCAAAGGCGAUAUUCGGAUCGCCUCCGUGAGGGACGAAUGGGUGUUCCUCGACAUGGAUCUCAUAAAAAAAGUCGUCGCUCCGGCCGUGCGGAUGGCGUUCAAGCUACACCAAGAUCACUUCAUGUCGUCCGAUGAGCUCGAGAGGUCGAAGGAGUUAUUCGAUACGAUCGAGAGCUACACGAAUACUCUCGUCAUUUCCCAUGAAGCCGAUCCCGCAUGGCGCAACGCUGUGUUGAGCGGCGUACAAUCACUUCUGGCUCUGAGACACGUCGCCGAUGAGAACUCCGAUGACUAUAAAAUCAUCACGCUCAACAAACGAUUCCUCGACUUCAGGGUCAUAAAAGUGAACAGAGAAUGCGUUCGGGGGCUCUGGGCCGGGCAACAGCAGGAACUGGUCUACCUGCGGAACCGGAAUCCUGAACGAGGUUCUAUACAGAACGCAAAACAAGCGUUGAGGAACAUCAUCAACUCUUCGUGUGAUCAACCCAUCGGAUAUCCGAUCUACGUGUCCCCGCUGACGACGUCUUUCGCCGAAACGUCAGCACAACUGUGUUCGAUCAUCGGGGGUCCGCUGUCCCUCUCGGUCUUCAAGCAGUCAUUGUUCGAUUUCUGGAGGAGAUUGAAAAUUAGAUGCGGCGAAGGGUGUUCCAGCGGCGGGACGGGUCUCCAGGAUGAAGGCUGCGGUGGGGGUUAUAGCGCUCCGGCUUCUCUCAGUGGGAGCAUCGCUCGCGGCGUCGACCCCAGCAUGAUAGCUCCUCCACGACGGAGUCAUUCGAGUGGUUCGCACUUGACAAAUCCUGAUGUAGCGAAUGCUUCCGUGGGCGGACGUACCACCGCUUCGGCGUCGUCGUCCACCAUAGGUGCUAUUGGGGCGACAAGUUCGAGUCUUGGGAGGAAUAGUGCAUCGUACGUACGCACAUCCUUGGGUAACUUGACAGUCUCGUCUCUUACGAAACCCGGCUCAGCGAACGUUGCCGUCGUUUCGAUGAGACCCUUCGAGGAGACGCCGUUUGUUAUCGGUGAAAGUGCAGGAUCUCGAUCCACCGUUUUCGGUACGUGGGAUCCUCAGACGGGACAAUUGGUCGCAACAUCGUCCUCGUCGUCAGCCGCACAAGGACCAGCAGGUCAAAAUCAUCAGUCCAAUGUGAUCAGCAGCGAGAUGACAAAAUUGUAGCACAGAGCGAGGUCAGCAUCACAGCAAAACCAAUAUCAGGUAGUGACCGCUCCGAACGUCGAGAGAAUACGGAGCCCUGAACCAGAAUGGUGCUGACCUUCGACGACUUAAUCUCCUUCAGCUGUUUUGCCUUUCGGAAAUGAACGUGAAUUUCGAGAAUGUUCCGAUUGCCCUCAUGAGCAUUUCGAUGGUGUAUAAAUGUAAAGCGAGA